AUGGGUGUAGGAAUUCUUCCCCCUUUUGGAGAUGACCACAUUCAAGUGCCCGGAACUCGAGCCUUGAAGGAAGAGGUGGCACCAGGUGCCGACGUAUCUGGUGACAAAUUCGCGAAUCUCAAGAGACAUCCCAAACAGCACGACGUCAUCCUUCAACCUCAACCGUCGGAUGAUCCCAACGACCCCCUCAAUUGGUCAAGGUUGAGGAAGGAAAUGUUAUUCAUCAGCAUCAUGCUGUGCACAUCCGCUGUAGCGAUUCCCGCGUUCUCGAGUAUGGCGGCCGAGUUCGACAGAGACCUUACAGCCAUUGCCAAUCUCAAUGGCAUCCUUGUCAUGAUGCUGGGCAUCACUUCAUUCAUCGGCAUAGCCCUAGGUCGUGUCUUUGGCAAAAGGCCCUUCCUUGUGUUUACGAUGGUCCUCGAGAUCAUUGGUCUCGCAUGUGCAGCGAAAUCGAGCGGCUACUGGUCGCUUUAUGGGUCGCGAAUUCUUCAGGGUUUAGGUAUUGGAGGCUUUGCUUGUGUGGGCAACGCUUUGAUCUCCGAUGUCUUCUUCCUUCACGAACAAGGAACACGAAUCGCCCUCUGGCAGUUCGCGUGGGUUUUUUCGGUCAACGCCUCUCCUUUGGUCUCUUCUCAUAUUAUCGCCACGCACGGGUGGCGCAUGGCCUUCUGGGCCGCUCUGGGCUAUACGACGUUCUGUUCGGUUUUCUAUUUUCUCGCCGCGCCGGAAACUACCUAUGUCCGCCAAGAGCCCAUUUCCGUUGCUACAACCCCUCCCGAGACUGAAUCUGAAGGAAAGGAGAUCGAAAUGGGCGUAGCAAGUGCUCAACCCGCUUUGGAGCAUGGGGCAGGCCCCCAAUUCCCAGCCCGCAAAUCACCGUUCAGCUUAUGGAACGGGAUCAUGACCAAUGAUUCGAUACUUCUGGUCCUGAGCAGGCCAUUUGUCGUCGGCUUGACUCCUCCUAUUUUUUGGAGUCUGAUCACAUAUGGCAUCUUUUUUACCGGGACUAUCGUCACUGGCGCUACGUUUUCCCAGAUAUUCGCAGUUGCUCCCUAUAACCUUGAUACCGUUUCCGUUGGAAAUAUCUCGAGUAUCGGACCUCUGCUCGGUUCAAUCAUUGGCUUUGCCUCAUCUGGGCCACUCGCAGAUUUCGCGGCCCGUACACUUGCCCGGCGCAAUCGAGGGUAUUUCGAACCCGAAAUGUACCUGGUCCUUAUGCUUCCCGCUUUUGUUUUUUGCCUGGCAGGUUUUGUUGGCUGGGGGCAUUCUGUGGCUAACGGAGCGCCUCGAAUCGUUCCGGCCGCGAUGAUCGCAAUCGCCUACCUUGGGUCCACCUUUGGAUUCUCGGGUACCAUCAUGUAUGCCUCUGUCGCUUUCCCUGCUCGUGGAGGCGACGCUUUCGGGAUCAUGAUGCUCGCCAAGUCCGCAAUUGCUUUCGGUCUUCUGUUUGUUGCUAAUACUUGGCUGGCCACUGUCGGGCCGGUAGCCUUUUACGGCGCCUGGGCGGGGCUGACCUGCGGAACCGCAUUCUUGGCUCUUCCGCUUUAUAUCUUCGGCAAAAGGAUCCGACUGUGGACCUCGAAGAACUCGAUGCUCGGCUGGACUACUCGAUAA